AUGGAGAACUGGUCCAUCCAAACCACGUACGAGCUUGUCGACGAAUAUCCCGACUUUCCGGCACUCGCCACUUCCGCCCAGUUAGGAUGUGGGCUCUGUCGAAUAAUCAGGAAGGCCUUGCGCCAAAACUGGGCGGUCCGCCCCAUGGAUGAGCAGGGCAUCGGUCCAUUGUCGGACGACGACAGCCUUCUGGACGAGCCGUGGGACGGCAAGGUCAGGAUAUCAAAUUUAAACUUCAGCCUUGAUCGUCUCGAGGACGCAGGUUUAUCCCACCCGAAGCAAAUGGGCGGCGUCCUUGCGCGUAUGCAUCUUAGAUAUGGGCUUGCCACCAUAGCCCGGUCGGAAGACGGGAGCGCGUUGCAUGAGGAUAUAAGUCAAGCAUUCGGCUUCGAGGUGUAUGAUUCCGUCGCCGUUGGACGCAACCAGCGGCCGAUAAGAAGAUUGCCGAGCCCGGAAUCGCUCUCGGCCGAAAACGUCGAGAUGAUGCGACAAUGGAUCCGUGACUGUCAGUCACAUGCCCCAUGUCGCCUUCCGGAAUCCUCGAAGCCGUGGCUGCCGACUCGCCUUCUCGAUGUCGGCUCUGCCGAAGACGACAGGGCUCCGAGGCUCGUAUUGACAAGCACCAGCCAGGUAGAAGGCGCUAUCUACGCGGCGUUAAGCCACAUGUGGGGGGAUGCGGAAGCGGCGCCACCUUUUCAAACCUCCCAGUACAACUACGAGGAAGCGAAGAUGGGCAUCCCCAUGUCGGUUUUGCCCCAGAAUUUCAGAGACGCCAUCGAGACCUGCCGCCAUCUCGAUGUGCCCUUCAUCUGGAUAGACUCGCUCUGCAUCAUCCAGGACAGCAUCGACGACUGGCAACGAGAAGCAAAGGAAAUGCAUAAUGUUUAUAAGCACGCCUAUUUCACUAUAGCUGCGACGUCGGCGACUUCGUCUCACGACGGAUUCCUUGCCAGAAAUCUAUCCCUAGUGCCAGCUAUCAAGACCCAGUACUCGAUUGCUGGCGAUAACCAGCCCCGUUUCCUCGUCUUGUCACCACUCGACGAUUCGGGGGCCAGAUCCCGCAUGGGAGAUGUGGAGGGCUCCAGGUGGAACACGCGUGGGUGGACCAUGCAAGAGCGAGCUCUCUCGACGAGAACACUGCAUUUUUGCAAAAACAAGAUCUACUUCGAGUGUCGAGAGCACGGCCUAUCAGAGGGGGAGGACACGCGCGAGUCUGGUAGAUCCAGAUACAUAUGGCCGCGACCUCCUGACGGCCACCCGGUCGAGCAGCCGACAUGGUACAAGUACUGGAUGCAAGCCGUCCAGGACUACAGCGGGAGGAGGUUGACGGUGCCUAGCGACAAGCUCACGGCAAUCCGGAGUCUGGCCAACGAAAUGAGUCCUCACAUGGAGGCCUCCGAGUACAUGCCAGACAUGGCCAUGUGGACGGGAAACUUCACCAACGAACUGCUCUGGUACGGCCGCGAUAUCGCGACAAAACCCCGACAAUGGCGGGCACCCAGCUGGUCGUGGGCGUCCCUGGACGUGAUAAUCACCUUUGCGAGCGCAAAUAUAUACCCGGGGAUCGUGAAUCGCUUUAGCUGGACCGCCUGCCGACUGCCGCCGCCGAAUCCGUCUGCCUGGACAUCUGUACCAUCGAUAACACUGGGUGGGUUCACCCGUCUGAUCGGAGCCCGAGGUUUGCAGCAGACCAAGGAUGAAGACCGCCGUGAAAGAACCCGUUUCCAUUACGACGUCUUCGACAACGAGGGCCGCCAGUUUGCCCAUGGGAAUCUCGAUUUAAGUGGCCGCGACGGCUUGCUCACACGGAAUAAUCCUCUGAUGUACGUGCAUGUUGCCGGCGACCGGCGUCCUUCCGGGUUGAUUCUAGAAAGCUAUGACGACGGGACACACUGGUCGCGCGUUGGUGUAGCCAUGCUCUUCGAAUCCUACAAUUCCUCUCCGGAACCCAUUGACCCAGAUGUUUGGGGGAAGCUGGAAGAGAAGACCGGCAUUUGCUUAUUGGACCGGGACUGGAUACGCCCACUACUGUCUUAG